CGAACUCGCCAUCAGUGUACGAUGAGAUGUGACGGAGUGUGGAUGUAUUGUUGAUGGAUUUUGUGUUGAAAAACAACAAUUUCAGGUGAAAAUUGUGAAAAAUUUGUGCAAAAAAGUGUUCAAUUGUGUGCAAGUGUAGACAAUUGCAGUAGCUGUGUAGUAUUUUGUGCAAAAAAACGCAUUUUUCACCCGCUUUAUCGAUUUUUCCAUAGCCACUUUUCAGUCUACGGCGUAAACAGGGUGGCACUUAGGAGGUUGUCCACCAUUGCACCCGUGAGGUUUUUCCUCAAUUUCCACCCCAGAUCAGCAGCAUCUACCCCGCAACGCAAUUGCAAUCAAGUGCCAAAGCAAAAGUGACGAAAAGACUCUGCAAAAAUGCCACAAAACACCAUUGUAAGGAAGAACUGAGAUGUCCCUCGAGGGAUGAAUGGAAUAUUAGGGAAUUUUCAGUAGAAGAAUCAACAGAAAAAAAACACUUUGCAAUUUUUCCAUGGAUGUCACUCUCUGAAGCACGGAUAAAAUCAAACAAAGCAUCGACAUUGAGAUUGUGAAUUAGGAGUUUUCAUUCUCGUGUGGUGUUCUUGUGGAAUGGAGAAAGGAAUAAAUUCAGCAGCGGGACCAAAAGUCUCGCAGAUAGCUAAUAUAUUUCAGAGGAAACCAAUUGAAGUGUCAGGUCAGAUGGAGGACCCCAAAGAGACUCAGACAACAGUGUCAGUGGUGAGAACUGAAUCCCAUGCGGCGAGAUUUAACAAUGCAAGGGCCCUCUUUGAGAAAUUGGGCGUGGAAAAUCGCGUGCCAAGGCCCACAUUUAGUGUUAAAAUGUCAAAUUCAAGUAGUCGAGAGGAGAAUUUGAAUGAGAUGAGUCCGGAGAGGACUCGAGGAUUUCCCUCAACAGCCACCUGUGGCAGUGGUACCAUUACAAAUGGUGUCUCCAAAAUUGACACAACAAAAAUUCACAAUGUGAGUCGUCUCAAGAGUACAGAGAAACCAGAGAAGCCCGAAAAGCCUGAGAGGAAGUUCAAUUCGAGGGAAUUGAUUGAGAAACAGAAGAAUUGGACGUCGCAUUUUUCAAAGACGAGAACAACACGGUACAACAGUGAUCCUAAUCGAUGUGAUAUCAUUCGUACUGUCCCAGGAACUACGCUCAUUUCGGCAGAAGUGCUCAAAGAUUCACCACCACGGAGCACACCUGAGCCACCUGGACAUCGAUAUCCGGAUAUAAAGCCACGCUUUACUCGUCCAAAUACCGUCAGUAGUCCUACGAGAUGUCCAUCCAUUGGGCAAAUGUACAAAAGUCCACCGUCUUCACCGGGAGGCGGUGGAAAUGCAACAAAUGUGCAAGCAACUUCUAGUCCCGUCAGAUCAAAGAUCAAGGAUGACAUUCCAGAGAAGAGACGCAAGAAAUCGGCAGAUUUUAUCAUUGAACCGCCACCAUUUGAUACUGAAUCAACUCUCAUGAACACCAAUGAGUCUGAUGUGGUGUCGCCAGCCACAGGACUCAGCUCCACUUCCAGUCCAGUUGCCAGUGCAUCAUCCGGACCAACCAGUCCAAUUCACACGGAAGAUGAGAAGCAGGAGAAUGAAUCCAAUGAGAAAUUGGACAAGUUGGAUAUUUGCCCAUCUUCACCUGGAAAAUCCCUUCGUGAUGAUCAGCAAGAAGACACAGUUUCACAUAAACCCCCCAAGGGCACUUCUGGUAUUUGUCUCAAUAUCUCAGGGGUGCGUUCAUCCAGUAUUUCCACAGUAUCUGCAUCGACUGAUGAGGGUGGAUUUAACGAACCAUCGCCGGAAAUUAAAGCACCCCUGAAGCCACCGUAUGACUUUGAUCUUCCUGCAGACCUGCAAUUGCCACCAGAACCACCACCGUCUGCGAAGGAUUCCUCAUCAAUUGACUCCAAUCUGUCUCCCCAUGAACUCCACUAUGUGGACGUGGGGUAUCGAUUGAAUCCAGAUGGAAGUGAAGGAGAUGAUAUGUACAGGGAGAAUGAGUACUACAGUGGCCAGGGAGAGUCAUUUAAAGUGUCUCAGGGACGAAAUAUUCCGCCCCCAUUGCCCUAUCCACCGCCCAAUUGUAUGGAGAUUGAGGGAAAAGUGGUGUAUGCCACGAUAAAACCUGAACUGCCACCACCGAAUGAACUAUUUGCAGACAGCAAAUCAAAUUCCCUUGAAGAGGAUGUUCAAUCGCCAUCGAGCGGAAAUGCUCCAGAUUAUCACAGUCCUCAGACCAUUCUCGAUCCUACUCGGCCAACAUUGAUUGGGGGUGUGCCUGAGUCUAAUGGGUGUCACGAUGAAGGGAAAUUGCUGGAUGAUCCUGAGGUAUUUCUCAGUCAGAAGCCCCUGCCGCCACCUCCAUCACCUCCAUCAAUGUCUGAUGGGCCGCCGCUCGAUGUGCAGGAUGUUAAAUUUGCCGAUGCAAGCGACAGUGACCAUGAAAAUCUACCCGAUGCAAUGACGGCCGAUGAGGCAGAGAGACUCUUGAGUUCUAGGAUUUUGGAAAGUAAAAUUCGAGAACAAUCAAUACUGUCAGAUGAGCAAGCGAAAGAGGUGGAAGCACUCCUCUCAGUUAAAUCUCAGCCAUCGCAGCCGAAGGAGGUGGAACAGCAAAAAAGUAUCCCGGAGAUUUCGGUGAAUGGUGUCAAUGGGAAUCACGUGGAGGGUGAUCCACUGAAUGAGUCAAUUGUGUCGGUGGAAUCGAUGCAGAGUGCCACGGAGACAACGGCCACCAAUAAGGUGACAUCUAGUCAUUUGGAUGAUGUAUCUGCGGCAGGAUCUGUGAUUUCACUGGCUGAGGGAGAGGCUGAUGUUUCUGCAGAUGAGAGUCACGAUUCCUAUGUGCCUGAGUAUCCACCUGUAAAGGCUAAGGAAGUCUAUGUGGAGGCUGGUGUUCACUAUUUUGAGGAUGGGAACUUCUGGAUGGAAGUACCAGGCCUUCUGGAAUCUGACGAUGAGGAUGAUGAUCUCGAAUAUCCGGCCUAUACUAAACGGAGUGCAAAAGUCAAAUUCAGCACGGGACCAAUUCAGGUUUUCUCCACAUACUCGGUGAAUGAUUAUGAUCGACGCAAUGAGGAUGUGGAUCCGGUGGCUGCAUCCGCAGAGUAUGAGCUGGAGAAGAGAGUUGAGAAGAUGGAUGUAUUCCCGGUGGAGUUAAUGAAAGGCCCUGAGGGUCUUGGUCUCAGUAUUAUUGGCAUGGGCGUGGGUGCUGAUGCGGGAUUGGAGAAAUUAGGAAUAUUUGUGAAAACAAUCACAGAUAAUGGUGCUGCUGCCCGUGAUGGACGCAUUCAGGUCAAUGAUCAAAUUAUUGAGGUGGAUGGAAAGAGUUUGGUUGGCGUGACGCAGGCCUAUGCGGCAUCGGUGCUUAGAAAUACAUCCGGUUUGGUGAAAUUUUCCAUUGGCCGAGAAAGGGAUCCACAGAAUUCCGAAGUGGCUCAGUUGAUAAGGCAGAGUUUGCAGGCUGACAAGGAAAAGGAGGAGAGGAUCAAGGGAAAACAGCAGCAAGAUGAUAAAUUUAGGAGAGUUUCUGAGCACUCUGAUGACUCAACACUUCCUGCAAGCGCCAAUUCGAGCGUUUCAGAUGGACCAAUGAGUCCAACAGCAGCCAUGGAGUCACUCUUUGAUGCCGAAGCUACUCAUUCCCAGGAAGUUGAAUCACUCAAGAGACUUCUCCAAGAGAGUCAAUUGAAGUAUUUCAGUAUUGAAAGAGAACUUUUGGUCACUAGAGAAAAGCUCAUUAAAUUGGAAUCGACGGGAAGUGAGGCGGAAUUGUUGAAUGAAAGACUGAGGCAGACGGAACAGGAGUUGGCGAAUGCCAAGAAAGAGUCCACAAACUAUCAGAGUAUGCUUCAACAGUCUCAAGCCCAAUACUCUGUCCUAGAUAAAAAAUACAUGAAGGCUAAAAGAAUUGUACGGGAGUUUAAGCAGAGGGAGAUUGAGUUGAUUCAUCGAGAGGAGUUCUAUCUGCAGUGUCUCCAGGAGAAGGACACGGAAUACAAUGCACUGGUGAAGAAGCUGAAGGAUCGUGUGAUAUGUUUGGAGCAGGAAUUGGAGACUACUCAGAGAAAGGCUGGUUUUCCAGUCUUUCUUCCUUAUGACAGUGCAAGUCUUAAGUUAACACCUCAAAUGUCUCGAAAGCAGCCACCAAAGCCCCUUUUCCCGAAAUUGGACACCGAACUAUCGGACACGGAGAUAUCCGAUGUGUCCAUUGAGGGUGAGGGUGAGAAGACAGCUACAGUGGAGCGAAAGUUACCACUGAAAGAUGAACUAGAUACGGCCAUUCCUCAGCAUGAGCUCCUAGACAAUUCGGCGAAUAAGUGCAAGAGCGGAUUAGGUGAGAGAACAGUCAACAAGAGCUAUCUGCAUGCGUUAAAUUCUUCCUCCUCACGUGGAGGUCUCUCGAAGCGUCAAUUGCCAUCAGGUAAAAAAAGUCUGAGCAGCAGUAGUUCAGAUUGUGCAUUGGAUGAGACGACCGAUGAGGAGGAUCGAACACAGUCAACAUCUGUUUCGCAAUCAGAUGCAUCUCCUCAGAUCAAUGAUCCAGCGCCUGUUAUCAGUCACUAUGCAGCCACAAAUUUGAUCUAUCAGGAGAUACCUGGUGUUCCACCUCCUCCUCCAGUUACUCUCUCACCUUCGCCACCGACAACUUCAUCUACUCCCACGACCGUCUUGACGCCAAAUAUGGCAGCUCAGGUACAAAUUGCCGAGGUCAAUGUGGGAUCAUCUCCGCUCUAUGCACAAGUUCAGAAGGAUAGGACCAAUUCUGGAGCUGCCCAAUCAAGUAAUAUCAGCACGUUCAAAGUUGGACAGCCCGUUAGUGGAUCAACAUUCGAUUCCUCAGUGUCACAUACCAGUGAACUCAGCAGCUCCUACGAUAGCAUCCUGGGUGGGAGUAGUGAGAAAUUGAGCGAUAGCGGAAAUGCAUCGGACAGCUGGAUGUAUCCGAUUCGUCGCAAGGGACUCCGGCCACCGUCGUCUUUCACCGAGCAACUCAAUCAAGUGCUAACAAAACGCGAAAGACGAGGUGGAAGCGAUAAUUCGUCGAGAGAAUCUUGUGAUAAUUAUGCAGAAAUAAGUCGACCACAAAAUCCCACGGCGAUUUUAACACAGAAUUUACUCGUUGAAAUACGACAGGCCGUCAAUGAGGCACAGCCAAGAGUUAAAAACAUUUUUCCCAAGACAUUAUCUCCACCUGGUUCUGUUCCAUGGCAGCAACAGCAAGGACCACCAUCCCCGUCCAGUAUUAGUUCAGGAUCAACGUCUCCCGGAGCUUAUUCACCCAAUCGAACACUCGAUCUGUCUGGGUCGAGUGGGAGCUUUUCCAGUGAGCAGAAGAGUAAAGCAUCGCACAAUUGGCAGAAUGGACCAGUUCAUCAAUGGUCCAGAGAACAGGUGUGUCAGUGGUUAAUGGCACUGGGAUUGGAGCACCACACGGAGAAAUUUAUUGAGUGUGGCGUUGAGGGUGGUGCUCUGCUUCAGUUGGAUUCGCGUGAUUUCAAAAUUCUGGGUGUUGCUGGUGAUGACAAGUCCAAACUCAAGCGGCACCUCAAAGUGCUUAAGAAUAUGAUUGAAAAGGAGAGGAAGCAGCAGGAGAAAACCAGGAAGCAGCAUGAGAAGCAAUUGCGAAAGGCAGAAAAGGAAGCUGCUGCUGCUGCCAAUAAGAAAAAAUAAGGAGAUUUUAUUGUGGUGAACAAAUGAAAAAGACUCAUUUUAAAGUGAAUGAUAUUUAGUAGACUUUUUAUUCCUUCUCUAAUUUUUAUUCACUUUUUACCUUCGUUCCAAAUUACCCGCCAUCCAUCCUCGUUCCAGGAAUAAUGUAGUACUUUUUACACAAACAAACAAGAAAAAAAAUUGACGGCGUAAAAGUAUUUAGUAGUUUUUAGCAAUAAUUCCAAAUCAAUUGAAAAAAAAUUAUGAAUAAAUAAAAUUUUAGCUGUGAUUCUUAUGGAGGGUUCACAGCUAGAGUUUGCAGAGGGAGAGAAAACAGUGAGAGAUUUUCACAUGGGGUUCUCAGCCAAGGUAAUUGAUUUUUUAUUAUUUUAUUUGAUUAGCUAGAAAUUACUAACAAUAUUUAUUUCUGCCAUAGAAAUCCUUUAUAAUGAUGCUUCUUAAGUUUUUCAAGAUUUAACUAAAAUUGCCAUAUUUUUUGUUUUUAAAUUUUUGGAUUUUUUUAAAAUAAAUUUUGACUCGUUCAAUGGCUCUACAAAAUGAACUAAAGUCACAAGUAAUUUACAAGAGCUGACCCGUUUUUUAAUGUCUAUUUAAUCACCCCAAAAGUAUACUGGACAGUGACAGGGAGUCUGUCACAAUAGUUGUGUAUUCUAAAAGAAUCACAGCUAAAGACAUGGGUAAAUAACUUGAAAAAAAAAAGAAUGUAAACGUUACAAUAUAUAUAAACAAUGAACUGUGUCAAAUUUUAUGGUAAAACAAAUUUAUUCUAACUUUUAUGAGAAAGUGGAUCUAAACCAGAAAUAAAAAAAUACUACAAUUACAAAAUAUUUAAUCUAUGUGGGGAAGAUGAUUAAAAGAGAAAAGAAAGUAGAAUUAUAGUAAGAGAAGAAUGAAAAGAAAAGUAAGGAAUAACUAUUGAGUUUGAAGUAAAAAAAAAUGAAUAAUGAAUUUAUUGAACAAUCGAGGAGAUAAAUUUUUAUUUACAAAAAUUUACAUUCCUGUAUUUAUUUAAUUUAUACGUUAACAAAUUAAUUUAUUUCCAACAUUUUUUUUUAUUAGCAAAACAGAUAAAAAGAGUAUAAUGUAGUUUUUUUAGAGUUCUAAUUUUUAAUUCGAGUCUCUCAAAUGAAGGGAGAAAAUAUAUAUAUAAAAAAAGAAGAUAAUCAAGUUAAGUUUAAUGUAGACUGUGGAAGGAUAUUGUGUAAAUUUUUUGUGAUUAUUUAUCCAUUUGUAGUAAUUGUAUUUUAUAUAAUUAAUAUAUCUUUUAGUGACAUUGAGUGAGAUUUUACAAACUCUAGUUGUUUUUUCCUCUUCCUUUUACCCUUUUAAUAUAUAGAUAAAUUUCAGUAAAACGUAAAGUAAGAAGUGUAAUUUAAAUUUAUAAUUGAGAUUACAUGUAUCCUUCUAUCGAAUGGAGUCGAGAUGUUUUUUUGAAUGAUAAAUUGAAACGAUACAGUGAGAUGUGUAUGAUUUUUUACAUUAAAAAAAAAUUGUAGUUGAGAUUGAUUAAUAUUAUAAAUGAAAAUCAAGACGAAUAAUAAGACAUUUCAGAAAGUAA